GCAGCAGUGUGUGUUUAGCAGCAUCAUCCUGCGGACCCGCACCGCUUACUUUCAGUCGAGGCUGACUUUUCUCCCGCAAAUAAAAACACCUCAGAAUAAAACAAAACGCACGACAGAAACAUUAAGCUACUAGUGGCUCGACAGAAGAGCAGCUUCACACCUUUGAAUCGCUUCUUGUUUUCCGUCCUCGCAGGUUUUUUGACCACUCCAGACACCAGACCGGACUUCUCCCGUUCACUCCGCACUCUCGCAAGGCAAAAUGGGGAAACAGAACAGCAAGCUGACCCCUGAAGUGAUGGAGGACCUGGUGAAGAACACAGAGUUUAACGAACACGAGCUGAAGCAGUGGUACAAGGGUUUCCUGAAGGACUGUCCCACCGGCCGCCUCAACCUGGAGGAGUUCCAGCAGCUGUAUGUCAAGUUCUUCCCGUACGGCGAUGCGUCCAAGUUCGCCCAGCACGCCUUCAGGACCUUCGACAAGAACAGCGACGGCACCAUCGACUUCAGAGAGUUCAUCUGCGCGCUGUCCAUCACAUCACGAGGAAGCUUCGAGCAGAAGCUGAACUGGGCCUUCAACAUGUACGACCUGGAUGGAGACGGCAAGAUCACACGGGUGGAGAUGCUGGAGAUCAUCGAGGCGAUCUACAAGAUGGUCGGCACGGUGAUCAUGAUGAAAAUGAACGAGGACGGCCUGACGCCCGAGCAGAGGGUGGACAAGAUCUUCUCCAAGAUGGAUAAGAACAACGACGACCAGAUCUCGCUGGAGGAGUUCAAAGAGGCGGCCAAGAGCGACCCGUCCAUCGUACUACUGCUGCAGUGUGACCUCCAGAAAUAGGCCGGAGGAGACCUGCCGCCACGGACUGCACAGAAAGAAUUUCAUGUUCCAUUCAGUUUGCAGCUAUUUCCACUGAAAAAAAUAAUAUAUAUGCUUGGACUACCUUUCAAUGGAUCUGCUUCUUGUGUUUGAAACACUUGUGUGCAUGAGAAUGUUAUUUGCUAUAAAAAGAUCUACACACAAACAACAUAUACAACAGUGUGCGGGUGCACACCACAGACACACUCACAGUACAGACACACACACUACAUAUGAACACCUCGCACAAAUAAUAUAUAUAGAUAUAUAAAUAUGAAUAUAUAUUUAAAUUAUUUAAAGAUCAACUGCCAAAAUGUGAAGUGUGCAAAGUAUUUUCCAUACACUUUCAUUCUACUGGAGCUUGCGCAUCAGUGAUGUGCUACGUUGAAUUUGCCGCUACUCUAUUUAUUGUUCCGAGUUUACUGAUGCUAGCUGUACGUGUUUCAUAAUACUGUCAACUGAACCAAAUUCCUAUGAUAAUGUAUCUGCCUCCAAUAAGACACUCUAUCCAUCGUCUUGAAUAUUAGCUCUAGAAGAGAUGGAUCGUCCAACUUUUCCUUCCGGAACAUGCUUGUACUGUCGGUAAAAAAAGAUGUAAAUGUAGUUAAUUUGCAUGCCUUUAGGUUCUGCCUUAAAAAUCUCCUCAUUUUGCAUCCUGUAAUCGAAGACGGAAAGCCUUAUCAAAGCAGAUUUUUACUGAUUAAAAAAAUCACAUUGCAGUAGGUCCUUCUACAAGUGUUGCUCGUAUGGGAUGUAAUUUCUGUGAUCUGUCGAGGCGUUUUUUCUUUUUUUUUUGACUGCUUUAACUGUGGGAGCAUGUUUCCUUGUAGAUUAGCUGUAGUAUAUGUUGCUAAAGAACCCCGCCCCUGUGCAUUUAAACACUUUCUCAUUACAAAUUAGGAGAUGAUGAAGGUCAUUUUUGAAUCUCUUGCUAAAAAGAGCUAAAUUGAUAGAUUUGUGAAGCAAACGAGUGAGAUCAAACAUCUUGAUCCCCUGGAGACUGAAUGAAGCUUUCCUCAGCUGGAGUUCAAUGAGAUUAGAUCCAUUUUAUAGCAUUGUUAUCAGACUGAGUUACCAUCACAUCCACUUUUAUCCAAUUAGCCUGCAGGUUGCAUAUCAAUACGAGGAGCGUUAAAGAAGGAAAGAAAUCAGAACCCGUGCAGCAUUUUCUUGUUUGUCUUUUUCAGUGGAAGUAAAUGAGUGCUAAAGUAGUGCGCGGAGCAGUGAAUGGUUUUUCAUUAUUCUACACUGUAACUAGUAGAGGACAGCCCGUACUGUAAAGCCAUGUGUUUAGUAGGUUGGACAAUUCGCCCUCCCUGACCCUCAAAGUAUUUCUCUCUUACCAAUCAGUCAAUCUUUUUGUACUUUUUUACUCCCGUCUCUCACACAUUGUACACGUACUGAUGCAUUCGAAAUGUAGAGAAGUUCAGUGAAGUGUGUCGCCUCCCACAAAUGAUUUGGAAAUAACCCGCUUAAAGUCUGACAGACACUUUCCAGCCUGCGUUCAUACUAGCAGCGUUUAAAGGGAGGCUAAAGGAGAUGUGAUGUGUUAUAAUAUACAGUAUUGCAAUAAAGAUCUAGCAUCCAUUGUCAUCUCUCGUCCCCCCACAUCACUUUGUAAUCUGAACUUCUUUACAUGAACAUCUUUGGCCAGACAAUGUUUCUAAUUCCAACUCUGUUAUUAUUACUAUUAUUGCUAUCAAGAUACCAAAUGUAAGCAAAGGCAAACGUGUACAAGGAUUCUUUUGUAGCAUGUAUUGUGUCCCUGACGACAUGGCUGCACUACUCCCUGUGUUGUGAUUUAAUCUAAUAAAAGGAACUCUGUGGG